CGGUAUUAUCAAUACAAAUCUCCUUCCGCAUUGUGCUAUUAAAAAAAACCACGCCCCCUUUGUACGUUUGCCUUGCGUACUACGUCACUGGCAGUCCUUGGUAACACGGAGGCGUCUCGAGGAGGCACAAUCACAACAUGGGCUUGCUAUCAAUUUUGCGAAAGCUGAAAAGUACCCCGGACCAAGAGGUCCGCAUUUUGCUUCUUGGGUUGGAUAACGGUGGCAAGACCACUCUGCUCAAACAGCUGGCCUCAGAGGAUAUCAGCCACAUAACACCAACACAGGGUUUCAACAUCAAAAGUGUGCAGUCUCAGGGUUUCAAAUUAAACGUGUGGGACAUUGGUGGACAGCGGAAAAUCAGACCCUACUGGAGGAACUACUUUGAAAAUACAGAUCUUCUGAUAUAUGUUAUAGACAGUGCAGAUCGCAAACGUUUUGAAGAAACAGGACAGGAGUUGGCUGAGUUAUUAGAUGAGGAGAAGCUCAGUGGGGUUCCUGUUCUCAUCUUUGCUAAUAAGCAGGACCUUCUCACUGCAGCCCCUGCAUCUGAAAUCGCUGAGGGACUGAACCUGCACACCAUUCGGGAUAGAGUAUGGCAGAUCCAGCCCUGUUCAGCCCUCACUGGAGAGGGUGUCCAGGAUGGCAUGAACUGGGUCUGUAAAAGUGUGAACGCAAAAAGGAAGUAGACCAGCAUUCCCCCUACUCAGUCGCUUCAGCAAAAGCAGUGUGUAUGUCUGUAUGUAUAAACAUGUCAUGUAUGUACAGCUUUAAAAAUGAAAAGGUUUAUAAAGACAUCUAAAUAAAUCAAUCAAAUAUACACACACACACACACACACACACACACACACACACACACACACACACAUAGGACCCCUGGUGGUCCAUUUUUAUACUCUCAGCUAUCUCAGAUUAUUCUUUCUUAAAAGCUUUUGUGUCAUUGUGGCUUAACAUUUUGUCAAUUAUACAUUUACCAGAGUGUUUAUUUAAAUAAAAAGAUAAAUUUGUUUGGAGCAUUUUAGCAGCCUGAUCAUUGGUACAAUUUUGAAUAAACAUAUUUUAUCUCCAUAUGUAAGGACAAAACCAGGUCAUCCUUUGUCUAGUACUAAAUUUCUAGAACAUUUUAAAUCUAAUAAUAUAAUAUUGCACUUCGACUUUUGAAUAGUUCUGUAUACAUUCCAAAUUUCACCUCCAAAGGUUACAUCAGUGACUGAUCUCUUUUUGGCUUUGAUGACAAUUUUUUUUGUCAUUCCACCAUUUACUGUAAUAUUUUUUUACUUCAUUAUUCUUUCUUUAAGUAUAUUUUUAUAAUAUAUUGAAAUUGUGGAAGGCUUUAAUAUCACUUUUCUUAAAAAAAGGAUGUUAGUAUGGCUAAACCUGAAAUAUCCAUCAAACAUCAUUUACACAAUGGCAGGAUAUGAAACAUGUUUAAAAUUCCUAUGUACGUGAUUUGGAAAUGAACGAAAUAUUUUCUGCAGAUGCAUUAAUAUGAAACCGGAGUAACAUGUAUUUAUAAAUAAUGUCAGUUUGAGCAUCUUUCUGCGGUACCUCUGAAUCUAUUGCUGUUGUAUGUGUAACAAUGAAAGAUGGUAAAGUUAUAGUAAAAUUCUGUUGGAUUAUCUGGCAUCUUAGUUUUUCGAAGGUUGGUUCAGUUUCACUUUGUUCUCUGUUGCUCUUCCAGAGGUCAUAUAUCUUUUUCUUUUCGCUACCAUCCCCCAUUAAGCAAGGAAGCAGAUGGUGUUGACAGAACUCAGGUGGUUUCAUAUAUACUGCAGCACACUUCAUGUAACGCCUUCAUCUGUGUUUUCUUAUGUGUUUCCUGUGUUUUUUAACAUUCAGAGGAAACAACGCAUUAAUUAGAAAGCCAGGUUUAUGGUACAUGCCUAUUUUAAUCGCUACAGGUGGCGCUGUCUAUUUUUAAAUACAUUUGUUUAUAACUCCCAUGCACACCCCAUUAGUCAAAAAAGGGGGGCAAAAAUGGUCUGUAACGAAAAAGAAGUAAGAAAAAGUUUGCAGUGAAGCAAAGCUUCAGUCCUGUUAUUUUCAAAGGAAAUAGCUGCUUAAUUUAUUCUGAGGAUAAAAUCUAAAUCUUAAACACAUUCGGUAAAUCAGAUACAGUACAGAUACAGCACAUGCAGUCUUUGGUAGUGCAUCCCGAGUCUUUGUCUCUUUGGGGUUGAGUCUUUUCUAUCAUGGUGUUAAAAUAAAGAUUUGAUUCGAUGCCAAUAAAAUAAACGUUUAUGUUACAAUUC